GAUCGCCGUGGAAGAAAAAAUUAACUAAUUCAAGAAGAAAAAAGUAACUAGACUGAAGCGCUGGUAAAUUGACCGCCAGCGGUGUUCCCGCCGCCGUCUGAGUGAACGCCACCCGCAGCUAAGACUCCAUAGCAUCCUCUCUCUUUCCAUUUCUUUCCGUCUUCCAAGUUCCUCCCACUUUCUUUAAACUGAAAAAGGCCAUUGCUUUACAGGUUCAGAGAGUGUUCACAGGUUAGUAAUAGUCAAUUAGUCAUUAAUAGAUCUCCUAGGGUUUUAGCCUUCGGGGUUUUGGUUUCCUCUUCCCAGACACAGAGCAUCAUUUUGAGUUGGGUUUUCGCCCUUCUCUGUCAGAUCCUCAAAUGCGGCGGACGUUGACGUCGUUUCCCCGCCGACUGCUGGCGUCGGCGCGGGAAUUCUCUACUAGCUCCGAGAAAAUCGUAGCCUCCGUUCUCUUCGAGAGGUUGCCCGUCGUCGUUCCCAAAAUCGAACCGUCGGUUUACGCUUUCCAGGAGUUCUCAUUUCGGUGGCAGCAGCAGUAUUCCCGCAGAUAUCCGGAUGAGUUCUUGAACAAAUCCAACUCUAGGGCGCAAGGUGAAUACCAAAUGGAGUAUGUUCCAGCCCCAAGGACCACAGAAGCUGACAAAGCAAAUGAUCGAAAAAGGCUUUACCUUCUUCUGUAUGGAAAGUUGCAUGGAUCUUCUGAUGGCAAACUCGUCUGGCAUUUCCCGCAGAAGGUUUAUGAUUCCGAAGAUACAUUACGCAAGUGUGCUGAGACUGCAUUGCAGUCUGUGUUAGGGGACCUCUCCCACACAUAUUUUGUGGGUAAUGCUCCUAUGUGUCACUUGGCGGUUCAGCCUGCAGAAAAGGCACCGGAACUCGGUUACAAGCAAUUCUUUUUCAAGUCCCAGGUGAUUGCAACGAACAAGUUCAAAAUAGGCAAGUGUCAGGAUUUUGUGUGGGUGACCAAGGACGAACUGCUAGAGUUUUUCCCAGAGCAUGCUGAAUUCUUGAACAAGAUGAUUAUCAGCUGAUUCCCUACGAUGCAUCACUCAGUUUUCGAUGAUUUGAAGAAGCUCUUUAUUCCGAGGAAUAAUCUGGCAAGGUCUUGUAGCGGGUCGGCCCCUUGUUUUGAUACCAACAAGUGCGGCUUGAUUUCCUUUUUUGCUUGUUUCCAGAAUAAAGAAUUAGGCUUUGUUGAAACGUUGGCCUCAGCUUACUAAUGUUUGAUUCUAAAGAAUUACUCUUGAUUACAUGCCUAACUACGACAUGAGACACACACUAUGUAUAUACAAGAAAUGUAAGUUAGUUCUGGUUGCCGCCAAGCAACGGAACAUCUGCAGUCUCCUACUUCUCACACUCCACAGAGUCUGCUAAAUCUUCAUAUUCAGAUGGCUUGGCUGACAAUUUCAGGAAAGCUUCCCCAUUGCGAGUUCUGUUGGACUCCUUGGUAUAAGAAGCAGUCUUCAUUUGCUCUCUACUCCUUUAUCUUCCGUCACUACAUGCCAGAGAAGGCAUCCUAGUUGGCAUGAGUGAGGAGACUUUGUUCAAUGUUUUCAGCAUAAUUCAUCACAUGAACAGUUUGCAUAAUACUUAGACCGUGG